AACAACUCUGUCGGUAGCGCACGUUCCUGGCACCUCAAGAAUCGAAAUAGUAGAAAAAUUGCGAACCACAGUUUGUAUUUUGCCUCUCCUAGUUAAAAAUAAUGAAUCAAUAGUUAAUCUUCGAGUUUUCAAUCUUGAAUUAACCAGAUUACAUCAUCAUGAUGCAUGGAUUUCAUUUGAGACGGAGCGAUUAAACUUAGAAACUGCAAACGCCGGCAAGUUAUGGAAUUCGUCUGCCAAUUUGAUGUUAGGGAAAUCUUGGGCCAGGGAUCUUUUAGUGAGGUGAAAAGAUGCAUUGAUAAACGGACAAGACAAGCUUUUGCCGUGAAGGAAAUAACCUGUGAUACAGAGGAGCAGAAGGAGAGAAUUGAACAAGAAAUCCAGAUUCUCCGAGAACUUAAUCAUCACAACAUUCUUAAGCUUCAUCACUGCUAUCCUGCGUUUGACAAAUAUUACCUGGUCAUGGAACUAGCGUGUGGAGGAGAGCUCUUCGAGGACCUGGUAUCCAGAAAUGCCUUCUCAGAGAGCACUGCACGCGAGGCGAUGCUACAGCUGUUCACCGCUGUGGAGUACAUACACGGGCUCAGAAUUGUACACAGGAAUAUCAGACCCGAAAAACUUAUUCUUACCUGGAAGUCAGCGGAAAGUAACAACCAUUUCCCCCCACUGAAGCUCGGCGGAUUUGGUUUGGCCAAAAAACUGUCAGAAAAUUCCGACAUAAUUUCUUGUCCAAUAGAAGGAUCACCAUUGUAUCUUGCCCCCGAGACAGUUACUAGACAACCCAUUGGCAGAGAAGUAGACAUUUGGGCAUGCGCUGUGAUAUUCUAUACGAUGUUGGCUGGCUAUCCUCCUUUCUGGAGCACAAAUCGAGGUGAACUCUUCGGAGUUAUUGCGCUUGGAAAAUACAACUUUCCGGAUCAAGAGUGGAAAUCCAUAUCUGACAGUGCUAAGCGGCUGAUAAAAAGCAUGCUUAUGAUCGAUAGAAAUGAACGAAUGACAGCGACAGAGCUUGUCAAAGAUCCGUGGACCCAAAAUAGAAAGUUAUCUACGGCUCAUCGGAAGGGAACUCUGGAUCACCUAAGUGCCUUUAACGCCAAGAGAAAGCUCAGGGGAGCUGUCUACACAAUCUUUGCCAUGAAGAGAAUGAUGGAAAACCCAGAACCUUUGCCUCUAACGAAUGGUGUCAAAUCAUAGAAUAAGAUUAUAAAAAUACGAGUCCAGUAUUCUAAAUUUAAAGUAUUUUCUCGCUGUAAAUGGAAGUAGACUUUAAAAGUGAUGUUAUUAGUUGUUAGUUUGAAGAUCUAUGCUUUUGAUAGCGUUCUGAACGUCUCUAGGUUUAUGUCAUUCUUUUGUGCAUUCAUUUUGGAAAUACAUGGAAAUUACCAAGAAAGGUUCAAUUUGCCCCCCGUCCCCCACAGAUAUCAUUUAAGUUAAUGUAAACACGCUAUAGUCCAAUUUAAAGUUUAUUAAAUUGAAAAAUUUAGAAAAAAGAAAAUCUUAGACAUCUUAUGUCUUCUCUCGCAAGGGGGGGUGAGGAAGGGAUUUUUGAGGGGGGUAGAAGGGCUGUUGCCAUAUUAACAUUUCACUAACAUUUCCUUUGGGUUUUAAAGGAGUUAUAAAUUGUCGACACCUCCUGUUCUUUUCUUCACUUUUCCGUUUUAUUUUUCUUUCUAUCCCAACAUGGGAAAUAGAAACACUUUCCGAUAUUUUGAUCGGAAAUGCAAUCACAGAUAGUUUAUCGUGUGUCUCUUUCAAACCAGUAGAUGGCCAGAUUUUUCUUCGUAUCUAACGCCAGCUUGCAAAAGAUACAACUUGCUGAUUUGUGUACAGACGAACAAGAAGCACAAGAUGUGGUAUAACGUAAAGUAAUCAGUUAGAAGAGAGACGGAAAUUAAAGAAAUUUUUUUAACUUC